AUGGUGGAUGCGACUGUUGGUGCAGACUAUUCAGCGGGAGUUUUAGGAGGAACUGGAUUACACUCCUUAUUAACAAAUGGUCCUGCAAUCUCCGAACCACAGCAUCAAAAUCCAGACACCCCUACUGGUCCAGGGUAUGCCUCAGCAGCAUCAAUGGGUGUGUCUCCAAAAAAGAGGGAAUAUGAGAUGUUUGGGCAUGCCGAUCCCCACCGAGGUCCUGAUGCAUGCCCAUACGGGUGGUUUAGUUACGAAAACAGUUGCUAUAUGUUAAGUAGUGACGAAAAACCCUGGGUCAACGCAGCUAUACAAUGUGCUAGUAUGAAAUCCCAUUUAGCUUGUAUUGAAAGUGCUGAUGAGAAUUCCUUCCUUCGUGAACUGCUGAUAGCUAUGGGAGUCGAUAGAGGGGCAUGGCAUGGUCUGAACGAACUACUUCACCCUGGCCAGGAGACGUAUGGGUGGGGGCUGACACAGCAGGCAUGUACAAAGUACGAUUGGUACGGGGGUGAGCCUGUGAGUCCGGCCUCGGGGGAAUACCUGUGUGGCAUGUUUUUUCAAGCAUAUCACUACCACUGGCAUUUAGGAAACUGCAAUCAGCCGAACAGAUAUAUAUGUGAAAUGAAAAAGGGAAAGCCUUGCGAGUGUCAGCUUUAG